AUGCGCUGGAUCCUAUCCCAGCCACCGGGGACGGCGGCUCGACGUGCCCUGCAGGCAGCCAGGCGCCCAGCUCGAGGCUGGCUAACUGCCAGCUCCGCCGACGUGCUGGCAAUGGAGGGCACCGCGCCCCUUGCAGAAUCGCAGCUGCUGGCCGUGCGCCACCGCCAGCCCAGGCAGGGCCAGGUUCCUCUCCCUGUGUGGCAGGGGCGCAUCCCGGCCCCUGGUCUUGGAGGCUGCAGAUCAGGGGCUCCCUCCAACUGCCACCCAACCCUGCUCUACAUGCACGUGGUGCUGGGGGCCAGCACGCCAGCUGUUGGCCUCCGGACACCUGGGUUCAUAGGGGGCCUUGCCAUGGCCCUGGCUCAGGACCCCAGCCCCAUGGAGGGCCCCCAGCCUGGCUGCCCGAUGGAGCUGCUUGCUGUGUCUCUCAGUGCCAGGGCCAAGUGCGAUAGUUUGGGUCUGCAGGAUACCGACUUUGCCUCAGAGGAGCCGAACGUGGUGGGCCGGAAGGCAGUGGGGAGCUCUGAGGCUGAGGGGGACCAGACGGUGCCCCCCACUCCGGACGAGCUGGAGGGCGAGGUCCGCUUUGUCACCACAGCCCCCACGCUGACGCUGCUCAACCAUCACCCCCUGCUGGAGGAGUUCCUGCACGAGGCCCUGGCAAAGAAGGACUAUCUGAGGCAGGUGCCCUUCCUCACAUGGGGCCUGGGGGGGCCAGGCCCGGUCCUGCCUGACGUGCCAGGGCAGAUCACCCAGACCCCCAGAGCCAACCUGCCAAACCAAGAUGACCUCCCGGUGUUUUCUGACCUGACCACAUCCCUCACGGUGCCAGCCACGGCCCCUGUGACCAUGACCAGCACCACGGCCCUGGUGGGAGAGAAGGCCGAGGCCAGAGACACGGAGAGGACCCCAGAAAUGGUCAAGCCAGCAUUCACCGCCGAGCUGCUGACCACGGCUGCAGGCCGCGUGGCGCCAUGGGCAGAGCCCCGGCCAGCCGGCCCAGAGAGCAACUCCGCCUCUGUCCCCACGGAGCCUCCCAUCACCCCCGCGCCUGCCAUCUCCCAAGCCGCCCUGCCCAACCCGGGUCAAGCCACUGCCGCCAUGGUGACCAGCAACACCCCAACCGCCAUCACCCCCACAGCCCGAUUUGUCUCACCGCGGGCACCCAGCCCGGCGCUGCCAAGGGCCAAGGAGCCUGGGACGGAGGCUGCCACCACAGCCACGGUUUCUGGGGACGACGAGGAAACCACCACAACCACCAUCAUCACCACGACCACCAUCACCACGGUGCAGGUGCCAGCUCCGUGCAACUGGAACCUCACGGGCCCCGAGGGCUCCCUGGAGUCUCCGGAGCUGGUCAGUUCGCCCUACGACAGCCUGGACUGCACCUACACCAUCUCCGGAUACCCCGGCUACGGCGUGGAAAUCAAGGUCCUGAACAUCAGCCUGUUGGAAGGGGAGACGGUCGCCAUGGAGACCUUCGGGGGCGCAGAGCCUGUCGUCCUGGCCAACGAGUCCUUCCUCAUGAGGGGCCAGGUGAUCCGCAGCCCGACCAAUCGGGUCAGCGUGCGGUUCCGGAGCCCCCAGCCCGCCAGCCCCGGCACCUUCCGCUUCCGCUUCCAAGCCUAUCUGCUGAGCUGCAGCUUCCCCUCCCGACCGGCCUACGGCGAUGUCUCCGUCACCAGCCUGCACCCUGGGGGCAGCGCCCACUUCUACUGCGCCACGGGGUACCAGCUGCAGGGCCCGCCUGCGCUCACCUGCCUCAACGCCACGCGGCCCUUCUGGAGCAGCCGGGAGCCCAUCUGUGUGGCGGCCUGCGGGGGGGUGAUCAGAAACGCCACCAUCGGACGCAUCAUCUCGCCCGGCUUCCCAGGCAACUACAGCAACAACCUGACUUGCCACUGGCUGCUGGAGGCCCCCGAGGGCCAGCGCCUGCACCUGCACUUUGAGAAGGUCUCGCUGGCUGAGGAUGAUGACAGGCUCAUCAUCCGGAACGGGAAGGACAUUGAGGCACCGCCGGUGUACGACUCGUACGAGGUGGAGUACCUGCCCAUCGAGGGGCUGCUCAGCACUGCCUGCCACUUCUUCCUCGAGCUCACCACCGACAGCAGCGGCGCCUCCACCGGCGUGGCGCUCCGCUACGAAGCCUUCGAGCAGGGCCACUGCUAUGAGCCCUUCGUCAAGUACGGGAACUUCACCACCAGCGACGCCACCUAUGCCGUGGGCACCAGCGUGGAGUUCAGCUGCGACCCCGGCUACACCCUGGAGCAGGGCUCCAUCAUCAUUGAGUGCGUGGACCCCAGCGACCCCCAGUGGAACGAGACGGAGCCGGCGUGCCGAGCCGUGUGCAGCGGGGAGAUCACAGACUCCGCGGGCGUGGUGCUGUCCCCCAACUGGCCGGAGGCCUACGGCAAGGGCCAGGACUGCAUCUGGGGCCUGCACGUGGAGGAGGACAAGCGCAUCAUGCUGGACGUCCAAGUGCUGCGCAUCGGGAAGGGCGACGUCCUCACGUUCUACGAUGGGGAUGACCUGACAGCCCGGAUCCUGGGCCAGUACAUGGGCGCCCACCGCCGCUUCAAGCUCUACACAGCCAUGGCCGACGUCACCAUCCAGUUCCAGUCGGACCCCGGCGGCGCUGUCUUCGGCUACCAGCAGGGCUUCGUCAUCCACUUCUUCGAGGUUCCACGCAACGACACGUGCCCCGAGCUGCCCGAGAUUCCCAACGGCUGGAAGACCACGUCCCACCCCGAGCUGAUCCACGGCACCAUGGUGAACUACCACUGCUACCCCGGCUUUGAGCUCGUGGGCACGGACCUGCUCAUGUGCCACUGGGACCUGACCUGGAGCGGGGACCUGCCCACCUGUGAGAGAGUGACCGCCUGCAAGGACCCCGGGGACGUGGACCACAGCCGCAGGAUCAUCUCCAGCUCCAAGUUCCCCGUGGGCUCCACCGUGCAGUUCGUCUGCGACAAGGGCUACGUCCUGACGGGGGGCGGCCUGCUGACCUGCCGGGACCGCCAGGCCGGGGGCCCCAAGUGGAGCGACCGCCUCCCCAAGUGCACCCCGGAAGUAUAUGAGCCUUGCCACAACCCGGGCGCCCCAGAGCACGGCGUCCAGACCCCGGAGAAGAGGCUGUACCAGGCGGGGGCCACCCUGCGCUUCUCAUGUGCCACGGGCUACGUGCUGCGGGGGGAGGGGAGCCUCCGCUGUGUGCCCGGCCACCCCUCGCAGUGGAACAGCUCUCCCCCCAUCUGCAAGGCCGCCGCUUACGAUAAAUUUUACAGCAACCGCAACCUGGACGUCGCAAAGGUCUCGCCCUCGGGGAACCCGCAGGAGGGCCCCAACAUUGCCAUCGCCAUCUUCCUGCCAGUGCUGGUCGUAGCGCUGCUCAUUGGAGGCAUUUACCUCUACUUCUCCAAGCUCCAGGGGAAACGGUCCCUGCAGCUGCCCCUGUCUGGUUCUCACCCCUACGAUCACAUCACCGUGGAAUCGGCCUUUGACAACACCGCCUACGAGACAGGAUCUGUUUCCUUUCCAGGACACGAGGGAAUAUGA